CUCACACUGUGGUACUUCCUUUGAGUGACAUGUUGUCUCAUUUGUAACUGCAGUACUUACAGUUAGUAGCGAAAAAAUGGAGAACGACUCUUUUGGGUUCAGCUAUGAGUUAACCCUCGACCCAUUUGUUAUUCCACCUGGAGGAAAGUAUCCCAUAUUUUUUCUAGGGAUUGCAAUUUAUUUUUUUGGCAUUUUUUGCAACCUGACCUUGUUGACUUUGAUCAUUCUGAAGAGAAACCUGCACAAACCAAUGUAUUUCAUCCUGUUUAGUCUUCCCCUCAAUGAUCUGAUUGGCAUAACUGCAAUGCUACCCAAAGUGCUUUCAGACAUUGUGACAGAGACAAAUAAGGUUUACUAUCCCCUCUGUGUUUUACAAGCUUUCUUACUGCACAUGUAUGGAGGUGGGAUUUUGUUCAUUCUUGCAGCAAUGUCUUUUGAUCGAUAUGCUGCCAUCUGCAUGCCGCUGCGCUACAGCUCUCUGAUGACCCCCAGAGUCGUUAUUUUUAUCAUCUGUCUAAUUUGGGGUCUUGACUUUGUCCUGAUUGUAUCAUUGUUCUCUUUACAGACAAGGCUCCCCAGGUGCAAGUCUGUGAUUAUGAAUGUGUUUUGUGAUAACCCGUCUCUACUGAAAAUCACAUGUGGAAACAAGACAGUCAAUAAUAUCAUUGGGUUGUUUAACACAGCUGUCAUGCAAGCUGUAAGUGUGUCUGUUCAGGUCUUUUCCUAUGUGAAGAUUCUGAUCACAUGUGUGGUUACAAGGAGGUCUGAAGUGAAGACGAAAGCUGUCAACACGUGCGUUGCACAGCUGCUGAUAUUAAUCAUAUUUGAGAUUGUGGGAACUUUCACCAUUUUAUCACAUAGGUUCAAAAAUGUCUCUGCUGACUUGCAAAAGAUAAUGGGCAUGCUAAUAUUUCUUGUACCUCCGCUUCUGAAUCCAAUAGUUUAUGGGCUGUAUACAAGUGAAAUACGAAACACUCUCCUGAGAGUCUUAAAAAACAGAGUAUCCAUCUAAAUCUUUACAUAAGAUGGUUAACAAUCGCAAUACCAACCACAAAACUGCGUUAUCUCUGCAGCCUCUCUGAUAGUGUAAACACUAUCAGCUGUGCAUGGGACCAUAAGAAGUGCAUGAAGCAGAACACAAUCUAAAAUCACGUCCAAAAGCUUUGUUUGUUGUGAUUCUAUAUGGAAAAAAGAAAGUUUGAAAAAGGUGUGGAACAUAUUGUGUCUGGUCAAUGGCAGCGAGUGUUGGGGUCUCGCAUUUGGUCAUGAUAAGAUGAGUGAAACUGUGUGCAUCUUACUGCAGUUAUAACAAUAUAUUACUUGACUUUGUUUGUUACAACGUUGGCAAAAAUAGCUUUUCCUUUGUAUUUCUAAUGGUGUGUACAUCUUUUUUUAUUUAAGUACAACAGUGUAAAAUUCUAAAUGGAGAUAUCAGUCUCAUACUGCACAUCCUCUCAACAUCUAAUAACUUUAUUCAUCAUUCAUCAAUACAUUUUAAUUAAACUCUUUUUUAAUUGAAAACUGUCUUCGACAUUAAGCCUGCUCUUUACUUGUUUUUAUCCUCCUAACUUUUGAUUGUAUUUUGAAAUAUUAUUUGCUAUAAAGAAGAGUGAAUUUCUUAACUGUUUACAUUUCUGUAUAUUUACCAUGCACAUGUACAUGCACAUGGUGUCUGUAAAUAAUUUUAUAUCCAUUAAUGAUACUGCAAUUAUCAAAAAACUAAUGUGUACAGCAUAUACAACAUGUGUUGAUGUUUGGUGUGGUCCAUUAAUAAAAUCCAAAUAUUCUGAAGGAAAUUUCACAUUGUUCACUCAUUUAAUGAAAAAAACCAGCACAAUUUACAAUAUAAGAUUCAAUUGUCAUGGUGUUCUUUUAUUAAACACAGUUAGGUUAAGAACGUAAGAUUUAGAAGCUCAGUCCAAAAGAAAGAAAGACAAACAGAAAAGGAUGUGCAGUACGAUUCAACCACUAAUUUUAAAAUUAAAUUGUGCCAAUAUAUACUGUGUGUGUGCGUGUGUGUUUUCCAAUAACUUUAUGCAUCAACAAAAAUAUAAGUUAAUCCUUGUAUUUUAACAACACAUCUUACAAAUCAUUAAUAAGGAAUUAAUAAGUAACUCUCAAGAACUGAGUGACUUUGGGAUACUA